UCAAACCCUAAGUAUAAUAAAUGGGGGAUUACGGGUUUGGAGUGUUAGUGCAAAACAACACUGGAAAUAAGUCAGCUUUUCCAGUCAGAUUUCAUCCACAUCUGCAGCCUCCACACCAUCAUCAAAAUGCAACCCCCAGCCCUGCUGCUUUUAUAAAUAAUAACACAGCUGCCAAUGGCAGUAGUGCUGGGUCAGCUUGGCUCUUUCCUGCUCCAGCUGCCCAUAAUAUUCAGGAUGAGAUUCUGGGGUCAGAAAAAUCUAAAACUCAGCAACAGGAAAAGCAAGAGUCCCUAGAAAAACAGCAACUUUCCCCCAGUCAAAGUCAGGAAGCAGGCAUGCUCUCUGAACCCGAGAAAGCUAAAACUGAAGAAAAUCAGGGCGAUAAUUCUUCGGAGAACGGCAGUGGAAAGGAGAAAAUAAGAAUAGAAUCGCCGGUGUUAACAGGAUUUGAUUAUCAAGAGGCUUCGGGGCUCGGUACUUCGACACAGCCCUUGACAUCCACCGCAUCUUCUCUGACUGGUUUCAGUAACUGGUCUGCGGCAAUAGCUCCUUCUUCUUCUACGAUAAUCAAUGAAGACGCAAGUUUUUUUCACCAGGGAGGGGUCCCUGCUGCCUCAGCUAACAAUGGUGCUCUGCUGUUUCAGAAUUUUCCACAUCACGUCAGCCCUGGCUUUGGUGGUAGCUUUUCCCCUCAAAUUGGACCCCUCUCUCAACACCACCCUCAUCACCCGCAUUUUCAGCAUCAUCACAAUCAGCAUCAACAACAGAGGAGGUCUCCUGCAAGUCCUCACCCACCACCAUUUACGCAUAGAAAUGCUGCUUUUAAUCAGUUGCCUCAUUUGGCUAAUAAUCUAAACAAGCCACCUUCUCCAUGGAGCAGCUACCAAAGUCCAUCGCCUACACCAUCUUCGUGGAGCCCUGGUGGCGGUGGAUAUGGUGGGUGGGGUGGGUCCCAAGGUCGAGACCACCGCCGGGGACUGAACGGAGGGAUAACACCCCUGAACUCCAUCUCGCCCUUAAAGAAGAAUUUUGCUAGUAAUCAUAUCCAGUUGCAGAAAUAUGCUCGACCCAGCUCAGCCUUUGCUCCAAAAUCGUGGAUGGAAGACAGCUUGAAUAGAGCUGACAAUAUUUUUCCUUUUCAGGAUCGCACGCGGACUUUUGACAUGCAUUCACUGGAGAAUUCACUGAUUGACAUAAUGAGAGCCGAAAAUGAUUCACUGAAAGGUCAGUCUUCGCUGUUUCCAAUGGAAGACGGGUUCUUGGAUGAUGGACGUGGCGAUCAGACUCUGCACAGUGGGUUGGGGUCACCUCACUGCUUCUCCCAUCAGAAUGGGGAGCGAGUGGAGCGGUAUUCCCGGAAGGUUUUUGUUGGUGGGCUGCCCCCAGACAUCGAUGAAGAUGAGAUCACUGCUAGCUUUCGUCGCUUUGGACCUUUGAUUGUAGACUGGCCACACAAGGCAGAAAGCAAAUCUUAUUUUCCUCCUAAGGGAUACGCAUUUUUGCUGUUCCAAGAUGAAAGCUCUGUGCAGGCACUGAUUGAUGCAUGUAUUGAAGAAGACGGAAAGCUCUAUCUCUGUGUUUCCAGCCCCACUAUCAAAGACAAACCGGUUCAGAUCCGGCCUUGGAACCUUAGUGAUAGUGAUUUUGUUAUGGAUGGUUCACAGCCUCUUGACCCACGAAAAACCAUUUUUGUUGGUGGUGUUCCUCGGCCUUUACGAGCAGUGGAACUUGCAAUGAUAAUGGAUCGACUCUAUGGAGGGGUGUGCUAUGCUGGAAUUGACACAGACCCUGAGCUGAAGUACCCAAAAGGAGCUGGGCGGGUUGCAUUUUCUAAUCAACAGAGUUACAUAGCUGCUAUCAGUGCUCGCUUUGUUCAGCUGCAGCAUGGAGAGAUAGAUAAACGGGUGGAAGUUAAGCCAUAUGUCUUGGAUGAUCAACUUUGUGAUGAAUGUCAGGGGGCCCGUUGCGGUGGAAAAUUUGCUCCAUUUUUCUGUGCUAAUGUUACCUGUCUGCAGUAUUACUGUGAAUAUUGCUGGGCUGCUAUCCAUUCACGCGCUGGCAGGGAAUUCCACAAGCCCCUGGUGAAGGAGGGAGGAGAUCGCCCAAGACAUAUUUCAUUCCGCUGGAACUAAAUGAUCGCUGCAGCGCUCAUAUGCAGGCCUCAAAUUAAGUGCACUCUUCUGUUAUCCUGAUUGUCCCUACCCACCCUGCCCUUUCUCUUAUUCAAGAUAGCAUGUCCUUUUGUAGUAGUCUGUAAUUUAACAAUAGUAUAAUGAAAGAAUGACCUAUAAUAUGGGUAUUUUGUAGAAUCUUGUCAUUGAAAACUGUAUUGGGAACUCCUUUUCGUAUUGAUAACAUGUUGCAAGUGAGUUGCAUUCUCUUGUCUUUACUAGGGAGAGAACACUUAAUUUCAUGCAACGUUUUCUUAGAGGAGAGAAAAAUAUUAAGAGAAUUGAAACAAUAGAGUAUUUUGGUUUUUUAAUUAAAUUAUUGUUAAUAAAGAACAUAAGAAUACUUUUAUUAAAAUAACCGUGUAACAAUAACACUAUAAGUCUGUUCUGACACUUUUCCCCAGGGAAGCCUGUUUUUGCCUCUCGUUUUGUUUUGACUUUGGAUUUUUCCAGCAACAGAUGAAGUUAGCGUUUACCUAUCAACAGGAAAGAGCAUGUUUAAAGCAACAAAAAUGCAUGAGUAAAGUUGAAGCAGCAUUUUAAUAAUGAUAGUUCUUUCUUUCUUUCCUUCUUUCUUUCUUUAAUCUUUUAAGGGUUUUGAGGCUGAAAUUUUUGCUCGGUAUAUAUCUGACCUUGCCUCUGACUACCACCCACAUCCAAAUUAGUAAUGAGAUAGGCAGAGCUUACUAUAUUUUCAUCAAAAUUAUUACAUUUUAAGAAUUCCUGAAUGUAAAAGUUGAGUAAAGUUACUACUGAGGGGGGAGUGCACUUUUUUUUCUUUAUGUUUAAGAGAAUUCAAUUGUCUGGUUACAGCCCUAGAAGUCCAACCAAAGCUAGAGUAAUGACAACUAGUUAACUGGCAUUUCCUCUCCUGAAGGAUAAAUAUAUAGAUUUUAUUUUUGAUGGCUAUAUAUAACUCUAUAUCCUAAUAUACUAACAUUCAUCAGGGGCCAGCCUUUGCUCUCCAUUUUGACAUGAAAAACUAGAAAACCUUAAGAUACCUCAAGGAUAUCACUAAUUUUUACUGAAGUUUUGAUAUUCCAGUGUGUCACACAAACUAAAAUCGGCUGCUUACUGGUUUCCCAUCAUGGAUGUAAAGUUAGUUUUGAAUACUCUCUAACUUAGUUGUAACAGAAGGCAUGAACCUCCAUAGUUUCCAGGUCUCGUUUUGCACUGUUUUGUGCAUGAAACGGUGCAAGCAUGCAUAUGCCUUUCUUACUCUUCUUGUAGAAAGAAUCCCAGCUAAAAUUCCUCUUCUUCAGAACUUAAUAUGGAAAAAUAGAGAAACACAGGUAUUUGAAGUGCCAACAUUGCUAAGUUAAUGCCUGCUUUAUUAUAAACAAAUUCUACCUUGAGAAGCAUUAACACAGUACAUGUUAAUGGAAUGAUAAAGAGUGGGUGCAGGGGUUUAGUUUGAAAUAGCUGAAUGAAGGAGUAGUUCUGAACAUAAUUUUUCUUACUUUUGAACUAAAGCCCCGGCCAGCUUCUGAAACUACUCCUUAGCAGUGUGCAACCAAACAGGUUCAGUGGCAAUCUUCUAAACCGCCCGACUGGCGUGGUACCAUCCUAGAUUCUCUCAGACCAAAGACUUGCCUCAGCACUGCUUGGGAAACAUCUGCUGCGCUGAAAGCGUUUGCCGGCCCCCUCGUCCUGUCCCCCAGCCCAGAUUAUCUUUAUGAGAAGCAGUUUUUAUUUUCAAUACAGGCUUUAAUGAACCUUCUCGAGUUCCAAAGGUCAAAAUGGAGACAUUUGCUGUCUAUUAGUCAAGUAUAGAAAGGGAGCUGCUUUUAAUGAAAUCCCUGAAAAUAUUGACAACAGUAAUGCAAAUGCAGAGUGCUCUUGUGUAGAUUGUCAGGGACUUUUUUUUCUCUGAAGUACAUAAUUAGAGUUGGAAUGUUCCUUUAAUUUUUUUAAUGCUUGUAGGUGGCUUUGGGGUGUGCUAUUGUGCCGAUCCUACCCAGUAAACAGGUGAGAUGGGUUACCAUUACGAGAAAUAACACUGUUUGAGAACUAGCUUUGAAUAAUAAUUUUCCCUUUGUACAUGACCUGCUGAAUUUCGGUACAGUGUUUUUGUAGCUAACUUAUUUUGUCAUGCACAUAAUGUAUAUUUGUUAUGCACUACUUUUGUAUAUCUUGUUUUUCCAACAGUGAGCAUUUUUAGGCACACUUUUCACUGACGGGAUAUCUCUUUAUGCAAUACCUCAAUUUUUCAUAUUGCAAAGAGUAGCUUUUUGUACUUUUAUUACUGAGAGAUCUUCAUAUACUUCAUUUUUUAAUAUAAAUAAUUUUAAUAAAUUUUAUUUUCUUAUAUUCUGCUUUUUAUACAUUUCAGUGCUCUGCAUACAUUUUGAAUUAUGGAUGUUGUGCACUGGCAAUGCUAUUUUAGAAUCUGCAGAGAAAAGAAAGCAUGUUGCUUAAACAUCUUAGCCCAGCACCAGGUAUUUGGUGUACAUAUAAUUUAAGAAAUAGUAUAUGUAAAGUUGAGAAUUAAA